AGAAGUCUUGCCUGCAUAAUAUCUCUUCCUCCAUCUCUUUCUGUUACCGCCGUCAUAACCCACCCCUAUCCUCUUGUUCCGUUGAGAAACCUUGAUUCUCCCUUGUUAGUCAGCAAUAUACGCGCACCCGCUAAUCUAAUUGGCUGCUUGUCUCGUUAACUCACGAUAACAAGAUAUCAUAAGGCUUCCCACUUUAUGCCCCGAACGCGCUUCCCCAUCGCGUCUUCCAACAGAACUUUCCAUUUUCCUACAAUCCACCGUUCCUUCCCCCCCUCCCCCUCAUACGCCCACACCCGCAUUUGUAACUCUCCUUCUUUUUCUUCUUUAAUCUCUCCUCCCCGCCUUCAUUUUCCUUCUUCUUUUUCUUCUCCUUCCUUCUGCACCACAGUCACCAUCCUUCCAUCUCAACCUCUGGCUUCAUUAUCUAUUGGUCUGUCAUAUCCGACAGCGAGCACAGUUAUCCGCCUGCUGUUGCCCUAACGGUCCUCGGGUAAUCUUCCAAUACGAUAUCACAACCACCUUCUCCGCCCCAUCAUCAUGCCCCGCCGUGUUCAAAUCCAGGAAGAUCCUUCAGAUGACGAUGCAGCCUCCUCCUCCCCACCUGCUCGUCCCGCGCGCUCCUCGCGCGCGAAUCCAAACGUUUCGCCUUUUUCCUCCUCGGACAAGGAGAACGCCGCUUCGGCAGCGAAAGGGGGUAGCAGCAAUUCCAGGGAGCAUAGAACCUCCAAUGGUAGAUUGUCUGGGAUGAGCUCCACCCAGAGGUCGCAACAGUUGCUCGAGGAUGAAUGUGACAAGGACGCUUAUGAUCCCAAUCAAGACCCCGAGGAGAGGAGGAGAAUUAAAAAGGAGUAUCGCACCCUUCAUAGAACUCUGUUAGGUAUUUCCUCGUUUUGUCCUUGUUUUCUCUUUCUCGCUUGUCCCGCACUUGGUGACGAUGGUGCCACCUCGGUAAUUCUUCUCAGUUGUGUGCUGACAAGGCGCAGAUUCUACACAGGAAUUUUUAGAACCCGAAAACGACGGUUUAAAAAAAACUUACUUGCGCGCGGAGGAGCUUUACAAGAAUGUCAAAACUACUUCGGAUGCGACACUCGAUUCGCGUCUACUUGUUACCGCUACCGACUUAACCUUAAAGAAGGCUACUAACCUUACUUUUGGUGGAGGAGUUGGCGGUAUCGACAACGACGAGUUCGUCGGAAAAUGCAUCACUUUUAUGAAGCAUCGUGCCCCGGCACGUCGUGGUGCCCCUGCUGAAGAGGAGCAGGACGCCGAUGAAGACGGAAUCAGUUGGGCUCGCCUUGGGCGAGAAGCCGCCUUUAAAGGAAACAAACGUCCUGCCACUACGGAUUUUCUCCUCGGGCCGCUUUCCGUAACAAAGAGGGUACGGGUCAUGAGGCAGCAACGUCGGGGUCUGAAACGUGGAGGGACACUCGUCAGACCCGUUGAGAUCGAGCAAGGGGACGAACAGGCCGAGAACAAUGCGAAUACUUCCCUUCGACUUGUAAGAAAUGUCCAUACCGCCCUGGCCGAUUACUUCAAUGAAAACGAAGAUGUCGCCGACAGCGGGUUGAACCUUUUCCGAGCAGUCGUCAACCCGCACAGCUUUGCACAAACGAUCGAAAAUAUAUUUUACGUUAGUUUUCUCGUGAAGGAUGGUUUCGUUUCGGUUCAGGAGAACGACGAUGACCUCCCAGUUGUCUGUAUGGCGUCUCACAUGUUCUCUUUACGAGCUCUGAUCUAACCACACACUAUUCCAGACCUUGCUGAACCCGCUGAAGCCGAAGAGCGCAAGUCCAUGACCAUCACGCGUAGCCAGAUGAUUCUCUCAUUGGAGAUGCAUCAGUGGCAAGAGGCGAUCAAAGUAUUUGACAUUCACGAACCUAUUAUCCCCUCGCGUCAGGAGCAUCGAGAAGAGGUUGGUGCUUCAGGAUGGUACUCUUAGUUUUUUUUUUUGUUUCCUUUUUUUUUUAAAAAAAAAAAGGUUGGUAAAAGCAUCUCCCUUCUCACCCAUGACACGAAUUUAACAGCUCCCACUUCAGAUGAUACAUAUCCCGAUCUCCCGACCACACACAUAAAAGUGAUAGAUUUUUUUCUUCUCGCCUCCCUACACUGUGCUUUUCUGGUUGCUUCUCAUUAGGGAGUUUGUGAUGUCAGGGAACGUUUCGGGAGAUACAAUGUGGAAGGGGUAUUCUAUUCCAACUUGGUAGAGGGUAGAGACGAGAAGACAAAACACAUAAUCAUUUGGCGUUUGACUCCUGCUUCUUCCUUUUCUCUUUUCCUCACCCUGUCUGUCUAUCUAUCAUAUUCUCAUUCUACGGCUUUCUUUUCUUUCUUUUACUGUCUUUUCAGUGGCGUAAGUGUGGCAGGGGGGCGGAAAUGGUUGUUUUUAUCGUUUGAAUUUUUUUUCCCCCUUUCUUUUGAUAUCUCGAACAAUUUCUAGGAACCAGUGAAUCCGUGCGUUUGCAGGAGGGAGGUUGUAGACUAAUGUCAUUACUCGGGGGGUCUUUCAUGUUUGUCCGGUGAUGUAAAUAGUUUUCUUCGCUGUGUCUAUUCUCUUUCUUUCCCCCUUCCCCUCUCUCUCACCCCUCUCCCCAUGCAUUAUUUUAACGGGCGUUCAAAAACUACUUCUUAAUUCUUACGGUGGGGGGCAUGCAGUGUUUGGUCAUAUACUGUACCACCAAGGUUUGCGUGACUGCAAGGGGGAACUGUAUUAUGGCCGUCAGUUUGCAUGCCAUGUUAUUCCCUGACGUAGUUAUGUAUGAUAUAGACAUAUCAUACGAGUGCGGCCGAUGAAUAUGUCCGUCACGUGAAAUCUGAUUAGCAAAAGCAGCGCAUUGCAACCAGAGACAUAUUCUCCACACCUUGAAAAGAGAACGAUACCUAAGUUAGCAGUAUUUU